CGUUUCCCGCGUUUCCUUCCUUUUUUAACCUUAACAGCGCCUUAACCUAUUUUUUGUGUUUUGGUUUUGACAUGUUUCGUUCAGGAUCGGGUUUUGUUUUGUGGCUUCAUUUGGGCUUUACUCUUGUCGGCCGCUUUCCUUUUUUCAAAAUGAGCUUCGAGGAAGGAAUUUUGAUAGAGAACAUCCAAAACUUUCCUUGUAUUUGGAAUACCAAGGACAAAGAAUAUAGAAAUUCUUUGGUGGUACAAAAUGCAUGGAAAAGCAUUUCAUUUAUUAUGGAAGAGAGUGUUGAGAGCUGCCAAGAGGCAUGGAAGAGUCUCCGCUCUAAAUACAUCAGAGAGCGAAAAUUAAUUACAAGCAUGCCAUCAGGAUCAGCAGCAUAUUCGGGAAAUUGGCCACUGUUCAAAUCAUUAAACUUUUUAGCUCCUGUUAUACAAACUAGAAGAACAUCUGGCAACGUUAAAAAACAAUGUCAAGACAAGACCCCACUGAAUUUUCCAUCACCUAAUUUGUGGACGACGACAAUGGUCGUGAGGAAAGAUGGAUCAUUAGUUGAAGAAACUCCUGUGGAAAGCCAAGAAGAAUAUCUAGAAGAAACAGAAGAUAGGUAUGCUGACUCAGACGAUACUUCUUUAAACACAGUUGUCUUAGACCGAGUUCCGAGCCCACAUGAAUCAGUUACAGCAAGCCGAUCAAGUACCCCAAGCGUAUCUUUGAUCUCACAUAAACCAAAAACUACCAAACAAGGUUUUAAGAGAAAGAUAUUAGAGUCACCAUCCAUGGAUAAACUAUUAGAAAAAUGUUGUAACGUAGGUGAAAGCAUUAAUGAUUUUAUUAAACAAUCAUCAGGAGAUAUUAAAAAAGAAAUAGGUAAUGAUAAUUACUAUUUUGCUUUAAGCUUGGCCGAGUCUUUAUCAAAAAUAAAAAGUGAAAAAAAAUUACUCAAAAUUAAAUCAAAAAUUUUGUUGCUUUUGGCUGAUGAACUAGAGGAUGAUGACUGAUUUUUUUUAAUAAUUCAGAUAUUAUAC